AUGACGACCAUCCACAUCACCACCAACACCGCGGUAGCGCACAAUGCGAGGCGUCUCGUCGUUGGCAUCCUCCUCCUCCUCCACCCUCCUCUUUCUCUUUCUCUUCCUCCUCCUCCUCCUGCUCUCCUACUACUACUACGCAGCGCACCACCACCAGGCGACACAACCCCCCUCCUCACCUCCCUCCAACAAAGAUACCACAACACACAAGCGUGGAUGAUAGUAAAAAUAGAAGUGAUAGGCGAUAGAUAUCUUGAUGCGGCUGCCAGUGCUAACCCCGCAAGUGAGAUCCCAAGGAUGCAGGUGGAAGAGAGGAUGGAGGUGAUGAAGAGCGUUGGUGCUGUCGCACUUGUGUGGGUGUGGAUGACGAUCAGUGUGGGCAGCUCCGAGAAGAGAAUCUACGUAGCAGUGGGAGAGGGGGAAAAGGAGAGGGGUGCCACGACCAGCGUAGCCACUCGAGCGCCUUUUACCAGUUUACAUCUCCGAACGAUGGGCGGUGCCGGUGGAAGUCACCGAGAGAAGGAGCGCUGA